AUGCCGCCAGGGGAGGGCAGUUUGGUCGACACGUUUACGACGUACCGAGAUGAAAUCGAUGCCUUUCACGACCGCCGCGAGCGGCUCAUUAAGACGUCACGGGAUGUAACUGCCCUAUCGAAGAAGCUCAUAUUCCACCUGCAUCGCUACGCAUGCACGGACGCGCCGGACGCUUAUGCGUCGGCGCACACAAAGCUGCAGGAAAUUUCGCUCCUGCUGCAUAGAUGCGGCAAGGAUGAAGAGCUGGCUGUGCCGAAUGGGGCGCCGCAUGAUACGAUGAACCGUUUCGAGCGCUUUCUAGGCCCCUCGCUGGAGGAAUGGGAUGCGCUGAUCAGCUACGAGGACGUACAGGCCCUGCUCGUUGUUGACGGGCUCCAGUGCGUGUAUGUGACACCAAUGCGGUACCUCCUGGGGCUCUCUGACCUGACGGGCGAGCUCAUGCGCUACGCCAUCAACGCGAUCGCCAGCCACAAUCCACUCGCGAAGAUCGAGCGCGUGCUGCAGAUGCAGUAUACUAUCUACAGCGGAGAGCUCCGCAAAAAGCAACAAGUUACGCUUUCCUCAAUUCGCAAAGUGGAAGACGGUAUGUUCACUAUCCUGACAGACUCAGCUGCCUAUACCAUACGCGUACGCAGCGCCGAGUUUUCCAACGACCCGGCGACGUUGCAAGAGGUGGUCCGCCGCGCGCUCGCGGCAGGCGAGGAAUUCGGUCUGGUCCUUCUUGGAGGUCGUGGCGACGGCCCUGCUUUUACAUCACGUGAUAAACCGUCCGCCUGGCGUGUGCGCGACGAGCGCCGCCAAGCUCGCACGAUGCAGGGCCUCGAGUACACGGUUGCUGAGCUGCAGCAGCAUGCGGACCGGUUGCGCGAGUACCUGCAGCCGCCAUCUACGGGUCAUGCACAGCUUCUCGCAGCGACGGAUGCAGACUUGCGCCUCGUGUCGCUGCUCAGCGGCCGUCUCGACGGUGAGCCAUGGAACACCCUCGACGCAGCCAUCCAGCGCGAGAACAACGAGACUAUAUCCGAUAUCCAACACAGCGAAUCACGCCUACGUGAAGUAAUUUCAGAUACUCUCGCACGACAGGGCAUCGUGCUGGACGACGACGAAGACGUUGCCGAGUCCUUGGAGCGCCUCGUUGCGCUAGUGCCGCGCCCCGAUUCCAUCAGCCCGGGAAACACUCCUGCGACCAAUGAGACGGACGAGCUUUAUGAAUGGCGUGCUGCGCGUGCAUGCACACAGAUUCUGGCGGAUGCCGAGGACGCACAGGCCCAAGCGCACCAAGCUACCCACCAUCCGGUGGACCAAAUCGCCACGCUCCGGCGCUUGGCGACUUUGGUGGAUGAGGCGCCCUAUCGUGCGCCCAGCUCUCCCAUGCUUGUGCGGACUAUCGCUUUGUUGACGGACAUGCGCGACCAACUACAUCAGAACCUGGAGACUCAGUACAAGGCACAGCUUCGCAAAGUCUUGAACGACUUGCACUGGCCCCCACCCGAGUACCAAAACCCAGAAAAAUGGUCCCAAAACGAGUCAAGAGACUCCUACCGCAUCGCUGGAACUCCUGAAUUGGAGCAGGCAUGGGCCGACCUCAUGGAGCUCCAGCUCACGGCCGCCUUACUAGGCCUCCGUCCACCGCCCACCUGCAUCCACACACCUCCCUCGGUCUCUGGCAUCGAUGAGCAAAAAGUAUCGCUGGCUGCUCCUGGAUCAGAUGGCUAUGUCUCGCUCUUACCUGUCGACGUACUCAUGGAGCCAAUCUUGCUACGGUUCCGUUACCACUUUGAUGGAGCGCGGCCUACCAACCGCCUCGACAAGCCAGAGUGGUUCCUUACGCACAUCCUGGCCCUUGUUCGAAUGAAUGCUCAUUUGUUCGAGCCUGCACCUGAUGCUUGGACACGAGGCGGCGACGUGGCCGAACUGACCCGCUGUCGCCGUGGCGCGACAGCUGAUGGCCCGAUGCGCCAGCGCUACGUGGCGGUCGACGCCCCAUCCGAGCUACUGCAUGCCUUGUUGCAUCCAUUGCGCCUUAAAAUCCAGGCAUCCAUGCCACGGCUUGUGAACGAGCGUGCCCUUCUUGCCCAUAUGAUUUUCCAGCUCAUUACCUUCGACGCGGAGCUCCGUGACACGUAUCCACCAGCCGUGCUGGUCCACGGCGGACUGGGUGCUUGGAGUCUGGCAGAUGAAGUGCUGGGCAAUAAUGUCUGGUUCCAGGCUUGGCUCGACGGCGAGCGCUCUUUUACCGAAUCCAAGUUCGACUCCGUAUUCGAAGAGCCAGGCGCUUGGGCACUCGUCCAGGCCGAUACCAUGGAUGGCGAAGACGAAGACGUUGUUGAAGAUCCCGGCGCUUCAGACUCAGCUACGACAACCCGAUGUGCAUGCACACUCAUGAACGUAUUGGCAGGCGUCACGGAACGAUACCAACCGUUGCACUUAUUAGAGCAAAAGUGUGCCUUUAUUAUUCAAGUCCAGCGCCCUCUCCUGGACCAGCUACUGACGCGUCUCACUCGCCAUUUAGAUGCGUUCGAGAACAUGAGUUCGGCCUUUGCCAGAACCCUGCCCGGCGAAAUUGCUUCGCUCUCGACAGGGCCUGGCAAUGAUAUGGUCAGGGGUGUCAAUGGUGUUACUCGGGUGGCCAAGGCCCUCUUGUCUGCUGAAUAUGUCAAACAGCAGCUCGAAGAAUGGUCCGAGUCGUCCUUUUUCCUUCAUAUGGCUCAUGAACUCCAUCAUAUCGACACAGCAUCGCCCCUAUAUCGGCUUAUGUCACCCAAGAGCACGGCAGAACGGCUCGACUCUGCUAGUCUCAUGUCCUUGCUCCACCGUGGUAUCCAGCGUGGUGCAUCAGCAGCAGCAUCAUUUCGCCCAUUAUCUCUCACGACUAAUCCAAAUCCUGAAUUAUCCUUGUCUGCGGAGAGAAGCGACAUUUCAUUUGGUGUGUGGGACCAAUAUAUCGACAAAUUCGCUCAAGUAAGCUCCCGCUCUGCCCAAGCUCUCGAAAAAUUAACCGUGGCCGAAGUUCUCGAUGCUAUGAGACCCUAUGUGCUGCGCCCCUGGAACCGGGAUCCCGAAGGAACCAGCGAAGAGAGCGAGGCAACCGCUUCGAUCCCAUCUCCUGAACUGGUCCCAGCCCUGGCCAAACUAACGACCCUGUUGCAGCAAAUUGUACAGGUGCUUCCGCCAUCGCUUCUUCUUCCUACAUACAGGCACAUUGCAGCUUCCCUCUCGAAUGCUGUGGUAGAGCGUAUUCUCAUGCCAAAUGCACGCAUCACACAGCGAUUUACCCCGGCCCAAGCGGAACGAUUCCGUCAAGAUGUGGACCAAGGUUGGCUGCAUGUGGCAAGAGAGCUGACAGAACACCCGAAAAUUUCAGCACGCCUGCGCAAUGGUAUGUCCACUGGAUUGGGUCGAAAUCCUGAAAUGGCUUGGCGAUUACUCGUAGAUGCUAUUCAGCAGCUUUCGUGA